AUGGUGGAUCAUCUGAGUAAGUAGCUUUUUUUUUAUUAAGUUUACAUCUUUUAGAACAAACCGAUAUCAAUACGAGACGAAUCCAGGCCGUGGAGGAAGCGUUUGGUUCAUCAGGCGUCCCUUUACAACAUGCUAAUCGAGUCUUGAUCGGAGACGGAGUUUUAAUAAAGAUGUGUCGAAAGAAAGCAAAGCCACGGCAAUUCUUCUUAUUCAACGACAUCUUAGUGUACGGUACGAUAUUGUCGAGGCGAAAGUUCACUAAACAACGAAUCAUUCCGCUGGAAGAGGUGCGGAUCGAGAACGUGGAGGAUGAAGGAGAGAGCGAGAACUUGUUCCUGGUGAAGACAAGAACAAAGAGUUUUGUGUUACAUGCGACAACAAAAAAGGAGAAGGAACAGUGGAUGGACCAUAUUGAGAAAUGUGUGUCCAUCGUUUUGAAAGGUAAAGAUUAGGAAAUUUCUCUCGUAUUAAGCAUGGCUGCAAUCCGGGCCGGCGAUAAAUUACGCCAGAAAUUUUAAAAAUUUAAAAGUGCGACGCUAAGAUUUUCUUUAAAUUUUGCACACAUGUCAGGCAUAGGCUACAAACCAAUUCCUGAAAAUUUUAGCUCACAAUUUGCAGGCGCCGCCGGGAUAUUGAACGAUCUUAGCAGCCGAGAGAGUACGCGAAACACGGAGAGCGAUCCGAGAGCGAAACAUUUUUUUUUAUAUCCCUACCGUAUCCACAAAAAUUGUGAAUCACUGUCCACGUCUGUCCGAAAGAUCUUUUUUUAAACAAAAUGGUAACUGCUAAGGAAUAAAAUGAGCUAUUGCUCAUAAAAAUUGAACAAUCCUAUAAAAAGUUAUAAGCAUCUUACAUCCGCGAACUUAGCUGAACCACCCUGUAUAUCAAUUUCCAGAAGGAAAGGAACCUGCUCACAAACAUGCCGCCGUCUGGGUGCCUGAUUCACAAGCUGAGGUCUGCAUGGUUUGUCAGAGCACCCAUUUCACAGUGUUUGAGAGAAGGGUAGGUUAUUCACGCUGAGUGUGAAAGGGUCUGCUAUAGUGCUAUAGUACUUUUUUUCUUGCAGCAUCAUUGCCGAUCCUGUGGAAAGGUUGUUUGUGGGGCAUGCUCAACAAAAAAGUUGACGUUAGAAGGGAUCGACAAGAAGCCCGUUCGAGUCUGUGAUAUUGUAGGUUAAUUUCAAUGCCUUUUCGAUUUAUGGCGGUUACUUACUCCCCAAAUUUAGUGCUACAACAAGUUGUUUCAAAACUGCAAGGUUUCUCCGCAGGCUCAAAAUGAUUCAGACGACGACACAGAGCAUCAGAGUGACGAAUUCGUAAGUUUGAUUAUACAGGGUGCGCCAAUAAAAUCUGGACUAAACUAAAUUCCAUGGGGCCUUUUUCGGACGGCCUAAGAAUGGAAACUUUUAGCACUUUUAGAAAGGGAAACAACCGUGCUGUACAGCAACGGUAAUGCCCAUGUCGGUGCCUAUUGCAAGAGCGAAAAAAUAGUAAAAAGUUAACGGAAUCAUGGUUAGCGGCCGAUCUGGCGGCGCACGUCAAGAAAAAAUAAAAGAAAAACGGGCGCCCAAUGAAAAAGCCUAGUAUUUUUUUUGGCAUUCUGCCCGGUGCAAAUCCGUUUUUGUCCAAAUGGUUUGCAAGAUUUUGACAUAAAGAUUAAUAGUAAAUCACAAGAUAUUGAUACCAAUAGAAAGCUCGAGAGUUGCUUAAGCUAAUAGAACCAAAAUAUACCCAUAAUCGUAGUAUUUUGACAGUUUUCCAUGGCGAAGAAUGCAACGUCUAAAUAAAAGUUUGUAUCGACGAUACCGAGUCAGAGAGCACUGGAAGGAGGUAUAGGCUCCACGUCAAAAAAAUCCUUAAACUGUUCUUCGAGUAUCUACACCGGUCCCGUCCCGCUUGAUGGGACAGUUUUUUUGAUAGUUGGCCUUGAAAUUUGCACUAUUUUUAGCCUAGCUCGAACCAUGUUCAGAAAAUGCGUCACGAUGACACCCAUUUAGAAUGUACCAGCGGUAUAAAAAACAGUUGUAUACGACUAGUAGUACUCCCUAGAGUUCCCAUUAAAAAAAUUAGGUUAAAAAUUGUUGUUAUGUGCAAUUUGGAUGACAGGUUUUAUGAAUUUUUUUUCGCUGUGAGAACCUUUGCAAUGCCCGCAAUUUCUUGACGUGCGGCGCUGGUGGCGGAAACAAAAAAAGGCCCAAAAAUUUGGAUUUUUAUGUUUUUAAGGAUCUCAACGCCAGAUUAUAGCCCGUCUUGCUCCAAAAUUCCGUGAUUACAGAGCGUAUACAUAGACAAUGGUUAUAGUGUAAAAGAAAAUCCGCCCAUACAAGGGGACAGUUUCUGCAUAAAUAAAAGUUCAUGGGAGGAAUUCAAGGCACGGUCAUUCGGGACAUGAAACGUUUUGGCAGUUUGUAACAAGUUGGAAAGGCCUUAAGCGUAAAAAUCAACAUAGCGUUGUACACUGGAUACAUGCUAAUGUAGCCAAAUCACUUUUAGAAAUAUCUAGUCCAAGAUCACUCGAAUAGCGAGCAUAUAGUAAAUUAUGCCACUACGGUCACUAUUUCAUCCAUAGAGGCAGCAGAUAGAAAAAUCCUCUUUGAAAGACGACUAGGCAGGCUCUGGUUAUCCUUGCAAAGGUAGUUCUGGUGCUUAACAUGUUUGGAAUCACACAGGGAAACUUCUACAUAAAAAUCUUUGAUUUAACGGAAGUUUUCGGGAAAAAAGGCCCGUUUUUAAGCCAACUUUGGCGAGCUGUAAAAAGCCUAAUUGUCAUAAUGAAGCAAAAUAAAUUUCAGUGUAUAAAAACCGACCAGAGCUCUAUAAGAAAAAGUAAAUUUCAGCCCAUAGGAUAAACCGGUAAAGAUAGCGCAACCAUUUUUUGACCAAUUUGGGGUCCGUGUUUCAGGCGUCUUAGUUGUAAGCACUUAUGAUGGCAAAACAAGUGUCGUAGACGAUUAUUUUGUCUGAAACUUUAAAGCUAGCUUCUUGGACGUAUUACACGUGUCCACAAUCGCCCACUUUGUUCUCGUACUAUUACAGCCCGCAGGGCAGGCAAAAAUAUUAGUCCAGAUUUUAUUGGCGCACCCUGUACAUAUAUGGUUUUUUGAUCCAAAAAGAUAUAUUUAGUAUACAUAUGUAAAUAUAUACAAGUACGUUUUACAGACAACCUUUUACGACGAAAAGGAAGAAGGUCCCGGAAGAUUGGUAUGA